AAUAGUGAAGAAGACAUGGGGGGAGUGUGUGGCCCCCAGCAGACAUCUCCAUGAGUCAGGAGGACGGAGCAGGGCCCGGGGCCCCAUCACGGAGCCUCCACCUCACUCACUGAUAAAUGAGGAGAAGAUCCUAGAACUCACCCACAGGAUCACUGAGCUGCUGAAUGGAGAGGUUCCUAUAAGGUGUCAGGAUGUGGCGGUCUAUUUCUCCAUGGAGGAGUGGGAGUAUGUAGAAGGACACAAGGAUCUGUACCAGGACAUGAUGGAGAAUGACCCCCCGGAGAUGGAUGAGGACAGAGAACAGACGGCUGCAGAGAUAUUUGUCCUCACAUUGGAAAUAAUCUACUUGAUAUCUGGAGAGGAUUAUACAAUAAUGAAGAAGUCAACUGGAGAGAGUGUGACCCCCCAUGAGUCAGGAGGACGGAGCAGGGCCCGGGGCCCCAUCAUGGAGCCUCCACCUCACUCACCAAUACAUGGGAAGAAGAUCGUAGAACUCACCCACAGGAUUACUGAGCUGCUGACUGUAGAGGUUCCUAUAAGGUGUCAGGAUGUGGCGGUCUAUUUCUCCAUGGAGGAGUGGGAGUAUGUAGAAGGACACAAGGAUCUGUACCAGGACAUGGUCAUGAUGGAGGAUCACCGGCCCCUCACAUCACAUGAAAAUGAAGAUAUGAUGGAGCGCUCCUCAGGAGAAGAUGGAGGGAUCAUGGAGCGCUCCUCAGGAGAAGAUGGAGAGAUCAUGGAGCGCUCCUCAGGAGAAGAUGGAGGGAUCAUGGAGUGCUCCUCAGGAGAAGAUGGAGGGAUCAUGGAGCGCUCCUCAGGACAAGAUGGAGAGAUCAUGGAGCGCUCCUCAGGAGAAGAUGGAGAGAUCAUGGAGCGCUCCUCAGGACAAGAUGGAGAGAUCAUGGAGCGCUCCUCAGGAGAAGAUGGAGAGAUCAUGGAGCGCUCCUCAGGAGAAGACCUCCUUACCCCUAAUGUCCAUCCAGAUCUAUCAUAUAAUAAUCCUCCUGAUCACGAGGAACCUUCUCCUGACCAACCACACAUUGUUACCACAAGGACAGAUCAGGGACAUGGGAAAGGUUUCUAUUGUGAUGAAUGUGGGAAACAAUUUACAAAAAGAUCAGCUCUUUUCAUGCACCAAAAAAGUCACAAAAGAAAGCAGUAUGUUUGUUCAGAAUGUGGGAAACGCUGUAAAAGUUUGUCAGCUCUUAUUAUACAUGAGAGAAUUCACGCAAGAGAGAAGCCAUAUUCCUGUUCAGAAAGUGAAAAAUGUUUUCCAAGUAAAUCAGGUCUUGUUAAACAUCAGAGAACUCACACAGGAGAGAAGCCAUUUUCAUGUUUAGAAUGUGGAAAAUGUUUCCCAAGUAAAUCAAAUCUUCUUAUACAUGAGAAAAGUCACACAGGAGGGGAGCCAUAUUCAUGUUCAGAAUGUGGGAAAUGUUUCUCAAGUAAAUCAAAUCUUGCUCAACAUGAGAGAACUCACACAGGAGAGAAGCCAUAUUCAUGUUCAGAAUGUGGGAAAUGUUUUAGAGAUAAAUUCCAUCUUGUUAGACAUGAGGGAAAUCACACUGGAGAAAAGCCAUUUUCAUGUUUAGAAUGUGGGAAAUGUUUUACAACCAAUACAGAGCUUGUUAGACAUGAGCGAAGUCACACAGGAGGGAAGCCAUUUUCUUGUUCAGAAUGUGGGAAAGGGUUUAGAGAAAAAUGCCAUCUUGUUAGACAUGAGAGAACUCACACAGGUGAUAAGCCGUUUUCACAGAAUCUAUUUUCAUGUUCAGAAUGUGGGAAAUGUUUUAGAGAUAGAUUCCAUCUCGUUAGACAUGAGAGAUCUCACACAGGCGAUAAGCCAUUUUCAUGUUUAGAAUGUGGGAAAUGUUUCCCAUGUAAAUCAAGUCUUGUUAGACAUGAGAAAAUUCACAUAGGAGCAAAGCAAUUUUCAUGUUCAGAAUGUGUGAAAUGUUUUACAACUAAAGCAUAUCUUGUUUUACAUCAAAGAAUUCACACAGGAGAGAAGCCUUUUUUAUGUUUAGAAUGCGGGAAAUGUUUUCCAAGUAAAUCAAGUCUUGUUACACAUGAGAAAAUUCACACAAGAUUCUUUUCAUGUUCCGAAUGUGUGAAAUGUUUUAGAAGCAAAGCAGAGCUUGUCAGACAUGAGAGAAGUCACACAGGGAAGAAGACAUUUUGAUGUUUAUUUGUUAAAAUAUUUUUAUUUAAAUGAUGUGAAUAAUGUAAACAUGAGCUUUACAUCCCAGUUUGGCCCAUUUUUUUUUUUUUUUAGGGGGAUAUCUUGAUUUUGAGAUUAGUAAUGACGAGUCUACGUACUCGCCUGGAACGUGUGUGCUCGGCCCAUACAAGGGUUAACAAAAUUCUCACAAUAAACCUGUUAAACAAAAAAACCUAGAG